AUGGUGGUCGAACAUGUGAAUCACGAUGGAGAAUGGCCGGCGAUUCAACAGAAGGCUGGCCAGAACAAGUUGUUGGUGGUUGACUUCUACGCAGAUUGGUACGAUUUCAAAGAAUGAUUAUCUAAAAUCUUGUUUUAUGGAGAAACGUCAUGUGUUUCUUAAUGUUUAAUAUAUGCAAGAAAAUGUCUUAAUAUGAUAAAUUAAGCAAUUUGCAUUUAUUAUUUUAAUGACAACAUUUGCGGAUGAUGUUUUAUAUUAUCUUAUGUCUUUUCAGGUGUGGACCAUGUCGAAUGGUAGCUCCGCAUUUCGAGCAACUUUCAAAUCAGUACAAAGAUGCUGUGUUUGUCAAAGUGAAUGUAGAUUAUUGCAAUAGUAAGUUCUUUUCUUAUAUUAUUCAUGUUUUAGUGGUCUCUCAAAUGCACUCAGUACGAGCGAUGCCAACGUUCGUACUGUUUUUGGCUGGAAAAGAAGUUGGUCGAGUUCAAGGUGCUGACAUCAGAAGAGUUGAGUCUAUAAUUCAACAGAACUACCGACCGGUCGCUGCCGCUUCAGAGAAGCCUAAUCCUCGAAAAGCGAACCACUUGGAGCGACAGUUCCUACACAAUCACAUUGUGUCAGUGGUGGACAGAGUGAAAGAGUACGAAGACGAGAUCACUCAGACCUUGGCCUUGUCAGUGAUACCUUUGGAUAAGUUGAAAGAGCAGUCCAAGGUUGAUGGUAAAGUAAAGGAAGCUCUGUUAGCUAAAAACUUGAUGAAGUGGUUCCACGAUGACUUCUUCAGGUGGCUGGACCAGCCGGAGUGUUGCAAGAAAAAGACAACUUUUAUUGGUAUGUUUUAUAAAUCUACCGUCUUUAAAGACUUUUACGUUUAUAUCAUUUUAAAUGGUUAUUACACUAUAGGUUGUUUUGAAUCAUAAAAAAAUAUUAUACCUACAGCCAAGUAUAAUUUUUUGCAUUAUAAUCAAGUAUCCGAUUUUAGGUGACUCCCCACCAUCUGCGGACGAACGCCAACGCGGUGCAGACAAAGUAGAGGUGUUCAACUGUACCAGUUGUAACCAGAAGUGCCGCUUCGCCCGCUUCAACAACCCGGCUACACUAAUCGAGACUCGAGAAGGUCGCUGUGGAGAGUGGGCCAACUGUUUUGCUUUGUUUUGUCGCGCUGUGGGUCUCGAAACCCGGUAUGUGAUAAGUACUGAGGACCAUGUUUGGGUGGAGAUAUACGAUCCUGAAAGCAAGAACUGGAUUCAUCUCGAUCCAUGUGAGAAUGUCAUCGACCGACCAUUGUUAUAUGAAAAGGUAAGGUAAUAUAGACACAUAAAUCUCUGAAAUUUGCUAUUAUUUUAUUUUCCGAAUUUAUUAAGAUUUAAAAAGACCGUGGCUAAGUUAUGAUUAAAGUAAUUACACAUUUACUAUGAUGUAAACAAGCUGAACGACCUACAUUUCCAGGGUUGGAACAAGGAGUUCAAGUACGUAUUUGGCAUAGCGAAGGAUCAUGUUCAGGACGUGACUUGGCGCUACACAUUCCACCACAAGGCUACGCUGAAGAGGCGGAGAAUGGUGCGGGAGCCGGUCCUUCUGAAUUGUCUCACGGUAGGUUGUCAUGGUUAUGGUAAUUAGUGUUUAUAUAGAAGUUGAAUCAGCGCCUUCAAAAGGAUUUGCCGGCCGAACGUCGGGAAGAGUUGCGACGUCGUCAGCUACGCGAGUGUAUCCAGUUCCUGAAUCCGAAGCUCAAUUUGAGGGACGGUGGCGAAGAAGGCCGCAAGAGUGGUGGACUGGCCUGGAAACUGGCUAGAAUGGAGACCAACGAACCUCAUCGACCGGUCGAAAUCAACCUCAGCGACGCCGAAAAGGAGGCCAAGAAGUUUGUGUGAGUUUGACUUCUUUUCAAAAUCCUUUAUUAAUCUUUGUUCUGGGGUCUCCACUAAAAUGUUUGUUCAGAUGUUGUUUUUCAUAAAAGUUCUUAAAAUUAAAUCAUUUUGUAGUUUAUGUACAAUUGCAUACCGUAGUUAUGUUGUACUAGAAAAGAAGCUACUGUAGUGUACAAAACCCCUUCUCCGAUUAAUUUGUUUUCUCAUCGUGAGACUGUCAUUUAAUAAUAUAGUACUGUGUAAUGAAUUUAGUACAAUAAUAACAUUAUUAGUCCAUGUUUAAUAUGCUUAUAAUUAAUUGGGUUACAGACUCGAGUACGAUGUGGUGAAUGAUGUUUACCACCGUCCCAAGAACAACGAAGAAGAGACGACUGGCUUCUUCUCCUACCUAAACCAAGGAGAACAUAUCCAGAGGAAGACCGAGAGCGACUGGAAGAUGGUGUACAUCUGUCGCAAGGAAGGAACCAAGUCUGCCGACCUCUCGUGGAGAAUCAACUUUGGAGAUGCCGUUCCCAAGAAGCUGUCUCUUAACCUCGGUCCAAUCUCACUGUUCCAGAACGGAAAAGCGAACGCUACACUCUGCGGAGGGAAUCUGUGCCAAAUGAUUGACGACGAUGGGAUUCUGGAGACCGACGACCUCGAAGGAGCCGAUCACGUUGAACUGUCUGUGAAUCUGAGAGGCGGCGAGGGGGACCAGGCCUUCCAACAUGCUCAAGUCUUCCGCACUUCACAGAACGAGCCCACCAAGAACUUCAGAAUCGAGAUUGGUUUCGAAUAA